GAGGGACUGAGAUACAUCCCAUCUCAUCUCUCAGCAGCACCUUCUUCAAUUCUCCAUCAACCCGUCUCUCUCUCUCUCUCUCUCUCUCUUUUCAAACCCUAGUUGUUUUCUUCCAUGGCCGGAGCUGUGGAGAACUUCUCUUCCGACGGAUGCUGCCGCCACCGCCUCCGCCUACGACGACGACAUUAAGUUUGGGUUCCAGCGGCCGGAAAUGUACCAGAACAACCUCACCGGCACGGUCGAUCCCUACGACCGCCACGUCUUCCUCUGCUACAAGAAUCACGACUCUUGGCCUCCUCGUGUUGAGGACUCCGAUUCUGAUCCUCUUCCCAAGCUCCUCUCUGGAGCUCUCAAAGCUCGCAAGAACGACCUCAAUGUCAAGACUCGUUUGACGAUAUGCGAGGGACGCGACGGGACUGAGUUUUCCGAUGGAGAUGUGUUGAUUUUCCUUGAAAUGAUCAAAUACAGGGGUUUGAAGGACUCAGAUGUUGAUAAUUUUGUUGAGGACGUGCUUGUGAAUGGAAAACCUUGGGCUUCUGGAUUGGAGGAGCGGUUGAUUGGUUCUCAUGUAUUUGUGUGUGCCCAUGCUAGCAGAGAUCAAAGGUGUGGUGUUUGUGGACCAGCUCUCAUUGAGAAAUUUAACGAGGAGAUUGAACUGAGGGGAUUGAAGGAUCAGGUGUUUGUGAGUGCUUGUUCGCAUGUUGGUGGUCACAAAUAUGCUGGGAACUUGAUAAUUUUCAGCACAGAUCAAGAGGGUAACAUUGCUGGUCACUGGUAUGGUUAUGUUACCCCAAAUGAUGUGGCUGAUUUGCUUGAAAAGCAUAUUGGAAAGGGAGAGAUCAUAGAGAAUCUUUGGAGGGGCCAAAUGGGUGUACCUGUUGAACAAGCUGAAAAAGUGAACAAACAGAAGAUUCCAAAUGGAAAGGUUAUGGAGAAAAGCGAGAAGCCCCAUGGAGAUAUCAGUCAAGACAAGAAGGAAGAUGUGGCAAGCUGUUGUCAGGGUGCUAAUGGGUUUUCAUGCUGCAGAGAUGGAAGUUCGGAGAUUAAAGAAAUCACAGAAGUGCAAGAAAAGAAGGGGCUGGGCAAACUCUCAAGCUGGAUGGGAAAGUGGGAGGAAAGUGAUGUUCUUGCUGCGGUUGCUGUCUUUGGAGCAGUGGCAACUAUUGCUGUGGCUUAUAGCUUCUAUAGAAGGUCCGGGUGAAAGAUGCUCUGUAAUCUUGUUCCAUUUUGUUGGCAUGUCUGUGCCCUCGUUUUUGGUAGAGAGGUCACGAGAUAUGUUUGAAUAAUCCUCUGUACCAUGCAGUUCUUUAGAACGAAAGUGAUAGCUAUAUAUAUGUUCAUGUUACCACUGUUAAGAUGAAUUACCAAUAUUAGCAAUCAGAAACAAUUUUUUCUUA